UCUAUGAAAUUGUUGACGUGACGCGUUUGUCAAUUAUUGUCAAACAAGAAAACUGUCAAAAAUCAAAACCGAAGCUGCGGUGUUGUUUUUGACCCGUUUUUUUCUGUUCUGUAUUCUUAAUAAGGAAUUAAAACCAAUUUAAAUCUCGGUUAAUAAACAUUGCAUGCGACAGUUCAGUAAAGUUUUAUGUCUUAAAAUAUGGCGGCCGAAGUGAUGAAGUUGGAGGUAGAGAUGGAGACGUGUUGUGUAUGCGGCGGCGGCGGCGAGCUGCUCUCACCCGAGGAGCACGACGCGGGCGCUCCGCCCAUGCAGGUGCCGCUGCGCACCAUGUUAGUGCACCUCAACUCCAGCAAGGUGGUGCCUGAAGGACGUCUGUGUGGCAGCUGCAUCAGGCGCACCAUGGAGUCCUAUGAGUUCAGCACAGCACUCUCCUCCCGAGGAGUUCCACCACUCAGUGAGAAGAUCAGGGCACUGAGAAGAAGGUUGCAUGAGUUGACUCAGAAGAUCGACGUGUUCAUCGUGGUGGGCGGCGCGGGCGCGGGCGGCGCCUACUCCGAGGAGGACAUCAUCAUGGUGGAGCGCGAGUCGCUGGCGGCCGCCGCCGCCGCCGACGACGCCGAGCUGCAGCGUGCCCGCAACGCCCGCGGCGACCACGUGUACCAGUGCUCCGUGUGCCCGCAGUCCUUCCCGCGCCUCGCCGACUUCCGCGCCCACGCCGCCGCGCACCCCGCCGCCGCCACGCACUGCUGCUGGACGUGCGGCGCGCAGUUCCCGGGCCGCGCCGCGCUGCGCCAGCACGCGGCCCGCGCCUGCGCCGCGCUGGCCUGCCAGCUGUGCGGCCGCGCCGCCGCCGGGCCCGCCGAGCUGCGCCGCCACGAGGCCGCGUGCCCGCCGCGCUGCCCCGCCUGCGCGCUGCUGCUGGCGGACCGCGCGGCGCUGGCGGCGCACUGCGCGGCGCUGCACGGGCGCGGCGCGCGGGCUCCGCUCGUGUGCGCGCAGUGCUUCCGCACGUGCGACACGCCCGAGCUGCUGUCGGCGCACAUGCUGCGCCACCGCCAGGCCAAGCAGUUCGUGUGCGGCUACGACGGCUGCAUCCUGCGCUUCGCCACGCGCACCAACCUCAUGGCGCACAUCCGCAAGUGCCACGCCGGCGACCUGCCCGAGCCCGAGCCCGAGCCCGCGCCCGAGGAGCCCGCGCCCACCACCACCUGCGAGCACUGCGGCCGCACGUUCGGCUCGGUGGCGGCGAUGAAGCGUCACGCGCGCGUGCACCGCGGCCGCGACUCGGCGCCGGCGCCACAGGUACGUACACACGUGCACGACGUGCCGCGUGCUCUGCCGUGUACUGACGUGCCGCGUGUGCAGGACGAGGGCGCCGACUCGCCGGAGGGGGAGGACAUGGAGGGCGAGGUGGAGUACCUGGAGGUGGACGAGCUGGACGACGCCGACCAGAAGCCCAUGCUCAUGCAGAUGGACUGAACUGACGCCGCGGGACCCUCGCCACUGCCCGUGGCACACUCUUUGACUGCAUGGUUUCAUUCAAUAUUCCUCUGUUCUUUGUAAAAUAUCUACUAUUUCUACAAAACCAUACUGGUAAAAGUGCCUGCUAAGAAUGAUAAAUACAAUCCUGAUGAAAUGUUGACCUAUACUAAUAUUAUAAACAGGAAAACUUUGUUUUUUGGUUGUAAUGGAUAAACUCCUGGACCGAUUUUAAAUAUUCCUUCACCAUUAGAAAGCUAUAUAAUCUGCGAGUAACAUAGGAGGCUAUAUUUUAUCCCGGUGCGGGCAGUAGCUCCCACGGGUUGCGGGUGAAACCGCGGGAAAACUAGUAACCUAUAUAGUGGACUCAAGUGAACCUCUACAAUGUAAAUGUGGAUAAAAUAUAUUCAUGUUAACUUGUAAGCUUAUGCUUACACAUUGAUGGCUUCUAUAGUUUUAGUAAACUCUAAAAUAAAUAUAAUAAAUUUUUAUAA